AUGAAAUACGUGCUUUUCAUUUUUGCGACUUUGCUCUUCUUGAAAGAGUCUUCGGGAAUAUACGGAGGGUGUAUGAGCUAUUACACACAACCAUCUGACAAACCUGGGCAUGUCAAGGUCGAAAUAGAUUUCUUAAAUGGAUGGAAAUUAUACAAAGGGCCGUGUUACAACUGUACAGAGAGAGAUGAGGGUCAUGACGUCACAGCUCGGAGAAAGAUGUACAUACAAGAUUACAGUAACCCUGAGGCAUUUGGUUCAUAUGGCUUUGAACCGGAAGUUGUAAAUGCGAACGUCAAACCGACAAAUAUCACAAUGGAAGUGAACAAUAACGUUAGGGAUGUGGUGUUGAUGGUCAACAGUCACGAGCAGUGGGAAAUGGAGAGCUCGAAGAUAACACUGGACGUAAAUAUAUCAACAACGUACUCUAACAAGUUUGACAUAACCUUUCAGAGUGAGCCUGAUGUUCCUAUGACAAAGAUUCCUAAUUUAAGCACGAUGUUUUUACAAGUUAAGGUGGAUUCAAAUAUUCGGAGAGAUACAAAUGCACCAAACAACAGUCCAAUAGUGUUGGUUAAACCUUACUACAGCUUGGAACUUGGGAAAGACUAUUUUCUUCAUAUUCCGAUUAUCGACAAUGAUAGCGACCAAUUUCAAUGUGCAUUAUCUAUAUAUCUUGAAGCAGAGAGUUUCAGCAGUUUUUUACACAAGCUGAAGAAGGCAAAUGCAUUGAGUAUAAAUAAAGACACAUGCAUAUUGACCCUAAGGAUCAUAAGUUCAGUGUUCCGAAUAGGAGACAGUUUUGGCAUACCUAUCACAGUGAAAGACUAUACGUCCACGGACACCAUCGUUGGAACUUCAAAUCAUUUUGCUUAUAACAUGCUUUUGGGGAGAGUGUCUGUUUUGAUGUAUUAUAGCGUGACAGGUGAUACUCAUCCUCCAGAAUUUGUAACACCAACCCCACCCAACAACCAAAAGUAUACAAUCUAUGUUGGAGGAGAUUUUCGUGUAAAUGUUUAUGCCAAACCAACUUUAAAUUCUAGAACUAUUACAAAAUUCAACUUCCUGAGAAGAGAUGGCAAACCUGUGAACCAGACAAGGAAUGUAGCUUCUUGGGAUCAGAAGGUGGCCUAUAUCUCCAUGAGCUGGUCUCCUGUCGAUGAAGAUAAAGGACAUCACAUUGUGUGUGCUAAUGCUGAGGACAGUACAGGUGUAAGCACAGUUGAACUUCAUUGCUUUAGAAUUGAAGUAAAAGAAAACAUUUUUAGACCAAAUAACAAAAUACAGGGGAAACCUUAUUACGCAUCAUUCCCAGAACCUGCAGACGUAGUAUGUCCACUCCAUACUUAUUGUAGAUUCCCAGUGUAUGCCGCGACCACCAACUCUGGGCACAAUGUCAACAAAAUUGUCAGUACGUCAGAGAGUGAAGAGAAUGUUACGAUAGAAUACAGUCAUGCUAUGAUUAACGGAUCGCUACCCACGACGGUAGCACAAGUGGAAUUCUUGGCACUUUUACCUGGUCAUCGUCAAAUUUGCCUGAAUGCAUCGGACAAUAUUGAAUGGACUACGCGUUGUCUUUACGUGACUGUCCAAAGACCAGAUCCCUGUUCAUCAUUACCAUGUCAACAUGGAGGACUGUGCUCACCAUCUAGUGAUAAUUCUGAGUUCCAGUGUCAUUGUGUGAAACCUUUUACUGGUCAAUUUUGUGAAAACGAUAUCAUGUGGAUAGCAGUGACGGCCGUUGUAGGGUGUAUCGUCACGUUUGGGGAGCGUUACCAGGACGCUUGUGUUGUGCAACGUCGACAAUUUGGUGGAGAAAAGCCCAAAGGAAUGCAGGACGAUGGUGUAUGUACAACAACGAUGGGCCAGAUGUUUCCUGGUUGUUCGUUUUCCUCAAAAACACCUCAAAUGGAGUCCGUAAUUGGAUGCAAAAAAGGAAAUCCCUGUCAUUUUUAUAUGUAUGCAGAAACAAAUGGAUCAUGCCCAAGUUUGAUUACACAUGAUGAACACACUGGCAUAUAUACUCCGGAACUGAACACGGGGCUAUGUCGAUACGAGAUAGUUUACACUAACACAUCAGCUUGUGGUAGCAAUACGGUGUGUUUUAUGCUAUGCGCAAACGGUGAAUCACGUUGUUACAAAGUCCAAACAAAUGACAUCACUGAUAAAUGUUCACCAAAUCCUUGCGUUAAUAAUGCCUACUGUCAGACCACAAUUAUGGGACAUCUAAAAUGCCACUGUCAACAAGGAAACUGGGGAAAGUACUGUGAAAACAGUUUUUGUACUCGCCAUUCUCACUGCCAGAAUGAUGCCGUGUGUUUCAGAAAUUUUAAUGAAACAAAUUGCCUGUGUCGACCGGGAUAUGUUGGCUCUACAUGUGCUCAAAAAGUUUUCCAAAAUAUAACCCAUGGAAUGGAAAAAGAUGGGCAUUUUACGAUGUUUAACCGCCUAGAGAAGAUGACGUGUUAUAUUAAUGGUCAAUGCACUGUUCCGUUCAGCAUUAUCAAUAAUGGCAAUUAUAGGCCUAAAGUAGAGGUUGGUUUUUAUGAUAAAACGCUUGAAGUUCAGUCAAUAAUACUGGAAAAAUCAAGAUAUCUUGGAGGGAUAACCAAUGGCAUCCUGACUGUGGUUGGACGUGAACUGGGAAACAAGAUGAUAUGUUUAGAUUUGUUUGAGGCAUCACGAAAUGAGAGAAUAAAAGACGAACUUUGUUUCAAAAUCAAUGUAAAUGAAGGUAACAUCGAUUCAAAUGUCUCUUUGUUCCCAUAUUUUGUACGACCUACUCUGCCUCACUCUUCGGUUUUACAAUGUGUUGUCAAAGAUCGAUGUUACCUUAAUUUGUGGGCAAAAAGCGCCCUUGGCAUGUACAAAUGUCCUUUACUUCAGACAGACAAAACAAUAGAAGAUGGUGUGUAUAUAUUUCCCUUAAAGGACUCUGUUCAUCAGCCUUGCCAGUAUGAUGUGUCAAUAAUAAGAGACAACGCUACGGAUCUGCAACUUUGUUUUACACUCUUAAACGAUCUAGAACAAUAUGUAAUGUUUAAAGACCGACGCUGUUACCUCAUCAAGUUUGUACAUGGAUUGACAGGCAAGGGAACUUGUGCCGGCAAGUUUUGCUACAAUGGUGGAUUUUGUGACGGAAGCUCAUCCACUUUCAAAUGCCUGUGUCGAAUUGGAUUUUCUGGGAUCAAUUGCUCUGAGAGCCAUGGACGCGUAUUAGAUACUGACGUGCCUUCUUACGAGCAGAGUUUCUUUGGGGAUCUUGCUUUUCCUAAAUCAGUUUAUUGCAAAUAUGAUACAGAGUGCGUGGUAUUGUUUUCUGUAUCUCACAGCUCAGGAUUUCAUACUGGGUGGCACGGUACAAACAUAGAAGUUAUCAAUAUCCGCUAUGAAAAAAUUCCUUCUUCUCUUGAUGUAAUUGGUAAAGUGGUUUUGAUACACAAAUCAACAGGGAUCGAUUUGUUUUGCAUUAUCCUGUCCUCAACAAAUAGAACUUCAGCCGACGUAAAAUGUUGCAGUAUUUUUAUGGAAUCGGGUCAUCCAAAAGCCUUUCCUGAUUAUGGCCAGGCCCGAUUUAUAUGGUCAUCACCCAGCAAUGGAACGGUGUUUACUUGUAGCUUCGGACAACCAUGUCAUGUACUGAUUACACUCAGUAAGGAAUAUAACAACGCUAACUGCCCUGUGUUAAAGGACAGAACAAGUGAUGGAAUAUCCACCCAUAUCUUUGUUUCUAAUUUCACUUCGAAGUGCCGUUACGACGUGUGGAUUGGAUCGCCUUUGUCUGACAAUACGAAAACCAAAGAUUAUUGUUUUCAGAGUCCAAAUUUCGGUGCUCUUGCUGAGAUACGAUGUUUCAAAGUUUAUUUUGAUCAGCAUGCUCAAAAAGAAGCAACUGCAACAACCACCCCGUCUUCUAUCGGGAGUACAGCUAGUACCAGUCACUCGGGAUUAAUGUGCCCUAAAUGCGAUGCGGACCUGAAUUGUGUAUGGAAUGGGACUUGCUACCCUGGACAAGUUUGCAUGAUACGCUCGUUUAACGGUGCAACGGUUGUACAUUGUUCUGAGAAAGAAAACUGCAACUUUAUUAAAGCGGCCGUACCUCACGUCGAGAUCUUGUGUUGUGAAGAUCAUCAGUGUAUCACUAAUAUUAUACCAUAGAACUACAACUGCAUAUAUGAACAUGGAAAAUGAUCCCAAUUAAGAUCAUUUGUAACAUGUAUGGACAAUUCGUAUACAUAUGAAUAAAUUUUGUGCAUGA